CGACGCCUGUGACCGCCGCGAGAAGAAGAAGAAGGAGGGCCGGGCCAGCUCGCGUAGAAGCGCCUGGAUGUCCGUGCAUUGCAGAUGAGCCUUAUUUUGCAGUAGGCAGACGGACCGCUUGGGAUCUUUUCUUCUUGUGGAGUACAGCAUCAGAAGCAGCCCAUGUUUCCGGUCAGGCAGCCUUGGCUUUGCAAAGCCUUAGGUUGUUAUGAUUGCUGUAUCCGGUGCUUGGGGGCAGUGCCCUACCCAUCUCUGGUGGCCACCUUGCUGUUCUAUGCAGGCGUGGCUCUUUUUUGCGGUUGUGGGCACGAAGCCUUAACCCAGACCGAAAUCCUGGUCGAGACUCACUUCGCCCGCAACGAGCACGACUAUGAGGUCCUGGCAUCCUUUGUCCAAUACUUCCAGUAUGUCAUCUUUGGCCUGGCGUCAUUUUUCUUCCUCUAUGGUAUCCUGCUGCUGGCUGAAGGCUUUUACACCACGAGCGCAGUCAAACAGACCUUCGGGGAAUUCAGGAGCACCCAAUGUGGGCGGUGCCUGAGCCUGACGUUUGUCAUCGUGACGUAUAUCUUGGCCUUCAUCUGGCUGGCCGUGUUUGCCUUCACCGCUAUUCCCGUCUACUUCCUGUUCAACAUGGAGCAGACCUGCCAUGACGUCAACAUCUUGGCCGAAACGACCCCCAGCAUAAAUCAGCACGCGUGGAUUUGCAUGGAUGCCAGGCAAUAUGGGCUGCUUCCUUGGAAUGCAAUGCCAGGAAAGGUUUGUGGAAUGACCUUGGCAUCUAUUUGCAAAACGAGCGAGUUUCACUUUACAUAUGACUUGUACAUUGCUGCAUUCGCUGGGUCUGGAAUCACUCUCUUAGCACUGUUUGUUUACUUGGUGGCUACCACCUACAACUAUGCAGUUUUGCGAUUCCUGGGCAGGAAGGGGGUACGCUAAUUGCAGCAGCCCUAACUCCAGUCAUCGGCGUCCUCUGGCUGUGAGAUGCACGGCCAUGCAAUACUACAGUACAUGUAUUUCACCUUGAUGCAAACAACCAACAUGGAUCACCUGCUUGUAUUUCUCUGCAAUAAUAAUUUUCGCCACUGUCUUCGUAUGAACAACAGACAGAGAGAUGAAGACUCCUGUCCUCUCAGAUGAUUCUCUUAGCUUUGUUGUUUUGUGUGAGUGUGUGUGUGUGUGUGUGUCCAUCUCCCUUAGUGCUGAUGCAGUCAUGAUGUGUGAGGCCUUUCAGGAAUAAUAAAGAGCAGGAACAGCUCCCUGCAGCAUAACUUGCAUGCUCGUGCUUACUGAUGCAUGUAUUAGGACUUUAUGACUUAUUGUCACCUUUUGUGUGUUUUCAAACUGAAUGUACCAAAGUUGUCUGCACCUCGGGUGGGUUGUGUUGUGUCGCCCCGCUCACUGUCACUCACAUAUUUGCUUUGUUUAAACACCACUGUGUGGGGGGGGAAACAAAGCCAUAUAUUCACCUUUUUUUUUCAUCAGAUAACUCAUGUUUAAUAAUAUGAGUGCCUGCUACUAAUUGAAUUUUGUCAUGUGUGGGCAGUUGAAACUAGACAUUUAAUUUUGUGAUGUUAUUGUAACUUUAAAUGGCAUGUUUUCAAUAAAAACGUGGUUAAUCAACA